AUGAUAUAAUAGAUUUAAUAUAAAAUAAGAUUAUAACAAUUUUUAAACUCUCCAUUUUUAUCUCAUUAGGUUAUCAAUUUAGAUCUCUAUGGAAUUUUAAUUAGCGAUUAAGAUGCAUCAAACUUAGGUUCUGGUUUAGCAAAUUGCUCUAAUUUCUCAAAUUUGACACUUUAUUUUUAGUGUGAUAAAAUUGAUGCAAAACUUGCAUCGGGCUUAGGUUCUGGUUUAGCAAAUUGCACUAAUCUCUCAAAUUUGGUACUUCAUAUUAAGUGUGAUAAAAUUGAUGCAGAAUUUGCAUCGGGCUUAGGUUCUGGUUUAGCAAAUUGCACUAAUCUCUCAAAUUUGACACUUCAUCUUAUAAGCAAUUAAGUUGGUGAUUAAGUUGCAUCAAGUUUAGGUCUUGCUAUAGCAAAUUGCACUAAUCUCUCGAAUUUGACACUUUUUCUAGAUUAAGGUGAAAUUGGUAAUAAAACUGCUUCAGGUUUAGGCCUUGCUUUAGCAAAUUGCACUAAUCUCUCAAAUUUGACACUUAGUCUUAAGUUAAAUUAAAUUGGUUAAAUAGGUUUAUCAGGCUUAGGUUCUGCUUUAGCUAAUUGCACUAAUCUCUAAAAUUUGACACUUGAUCUUUCUGACAAUUAAAUUGGUAAUGGUUAUCAUAAUCCUGCAUAUAAAUGCAUUAUCAAAAUCUAUGAAUUUCUUCGCAUUCUCAAAUAAAUUUGUUGUAAGAAAAAAAAAAGAUAAAUUGGUGCAUCAAGUUUUGGUUCUGUUUUAGCUAAUUUCACUAAUCUCUCAAACUUGCAACUUGUUCUUUAUAACAAUUAAAUUAAUGCAGCAAAUGCAUUAGACUUAAGUUCUGGUUUAGCAAAUUGCACGAAUCUCUCUAACUUGACACUUGAUCUUACUGACAAUUUAAUUGGUUAAAUAGGUGCAACAGGCUUAGCUUCUGCAUUAGCUAAUUGCACUAAACUCUCAAAUUUGACACUUAAACUUAAUUGGAGUGGAAUUGGUGAUAAAGGCGCAUCAGACUUAGGUUCUGCUUUAGCAAAUUUCACUAAUCUCUCAAAUUUGACACUUGAAUUUAGGGCAAAUAAUAUUGGUGAUUAAGGUACAUUAUGCUUAGUUUAAGCUUUAAAAAAUUGCACUAAUCUCUCAAUUUUGACACUUAACCUUCACGAGAAUGAAAUUGGUGAUUAAAGUGCAUUAAGCUUAGAAUUUGCUCUAGCAAAUUGCACUAAUCUCUCAAAUUUUACACUAAAACUUAGAAGUAUAAGAUAGAUCAAUAAAUCUGAUAAAUUGAAAGUAGAACGCAAGUGUCUUAAAUAAAAAAGAUUAGUUGUCUUUAAUAUGUACUAUGGUUAUGAUUGGUGA